AUGCAAGACCUUGAAGAUGAAGAUGUUGAAGACGAAAUUUGUCUCAUGCAAGAUCUUGAAGAUGGAAAUAAUCUUGAAGAUGAAGAUUAUGAAGACAAUCUUGAAGACGAAGACUAUCUUGAAGACGAUGAUUGCCUUGAAGAUGAAGAUUGCCUUGAAGACGAAGACAACCUUGAAGACAAAGAUUGCCUUGAAGAUGAUGAUGAUCUUGAAGAUGGAGAUAAUGUUGAAGACGAAGACAACCUUGAAGAAGAAGACGAAGACUAUCUUGAAGACGAUGAUUGCCUUGAAGAUGAAGACAACCUUGAAGACAAAGAUUGCCUUGAAGAUGAAGAUGGAGAUAAUCUUGAAGACGAAGACAACCUUGAAGAUGAAGAUUGCCAUGAAGAUGAAGAUGAUCUAUACAAGACCUUGAAGAUGAAGACGAUCUUGAAGGUGGAGUUUGUCAAUGCAAGGAUGUGCAUUUGCAUCUUUGCAAUGGAGCAAUUGUUGAUGCAAUGA